AUGUCUCGAACUCCACGACGAAAACAAGAUCCAGGUAAACAAAAUGAUCGUGUUGAUACAAUGGGUACAAAUGUUUAUUCAGCAAAGGAUAAUCAAAGUAUGCAUAAAUCAUUAAAUGGAGAAUUUAUUCUUUAUCAAUUAUUACUUAACGAAGUAUUGAAUGAAAAAGAUUCGUUAUCAUCUGAUGAUUCAUCACUUAUAAAUUAUUUUGAACCAGACGACACAGUUGAUGAAAAAGUAAUGAAUGAAUUUGAUACAAGUUAUGAUCCAAAAAAAGCAAUUCAUUGGUAUACAAGAGAAACUUGUAUUUAUAAAAUUUUAAAUAAAGCUUUAAGAACACAAAAUAUUGAUGAUGUUAAUCCUUUUGAAUCAUUUAUUAAAGAUUUAAAUACACAAUUAUCUGAACAACAUAAAUUAUUUGUAAAACAACAAAAAACAUCAUUUAUUAAAGUGUAUCGUGGACAAUUUAUUAGUAAAGAUGAAGUUAAUCGUCUUAAAUCUGGUAUAGGACAAUUUAUUUCAAUGAAUUCAUUUUUAUCAACAAGUACAAAUAGAAAAAAAGCUUUAGAAUUUGCAACAAGUCGACCACCACCAAAUGAUACAUUAACAUCAAUUUUAUUAGAAAUCAAUGUUGAUUUAAAUAUUAAUUCAAAACCAUAUGCUGAUAUAAGACAUUUAAGUGCAUUUUCUGAAGAAGAAGAAAUUCUUUUUAUGCUUGGUUGUGUUUUUCGAAUUGAUAAUAUUUAUUAUGAUGAACAAAUAAAACUUUGGAUGGCAAAUUUAAUAUUAUGUUCAGAAGAUGAUCAAGAUAUGAAAAAUUUUUCAUCAUCAUUAGAUAAUCAAUUAAAAGGACAAAAUCAAUUAAUUGCAAUUGGAUAUAAUUUUAUUGAUAUGCUUAAAUAUGAUGAUGCUCAAAAACAUUUUGAAAAAAUAUUAAAACAAAAUUUAGCAAAAAAUGAUAUAGAACUUGCUUAUUGUUAUCAUGGACUUGCAAAAGUUAAUGAAAAACAAGGAAAUUCUAAUUUAUCUAUAGAAAAUUUAAAUCAAACAUUAAAUUAUUUAUCUAAAAGUUUAUCAUCAGAUGAUCAUCUACUUAUAUCACAGUGUUAUAAUGAUUUAGGAUUAGCUUAUUCUAAUCAAGAAAAUUAUAAAACUGCAUUUGAAUUUUUUGAUAAAGCAUUACAAACAAAAAAUAAUAUUUCGUCAACAACUUAUUCUGGUUUAUCUCAAGUUCAUUUUCAAAUGAAAAAUUAUCAAAUAGCAUUAGAAUAUUUACAAAAAUCUCUUCAAAGUCUAUCAACUACAGAUGUUGUAUCGAUUACAAAAACAUAUAUUGAUAUGGGAAAAGUUUAUGGUACAAUGAAUAAAAAAGAAGAAGCAUCUAAAAUGUUUGAUAAAGCUUUAGAAACUCAAAUAAAAGAACUUUCUCUUGAUCAUCCAGAUCUUGGAUAUACUUAUGCUGAAAUUGGUUUAAUGUAUUCUCAAAUUGGUGAUCAACAAAAAGCUUUAGAAUUUAUUGAAAAAGCUCAUAAAUUACAAACAGAAACAUUACCAAAUAAUCAUCCAGAUUUUGCGCAAUCUUAUAAAAAUUUUGGUGAUUUAUAUAUGAAAAUAGAUGAUUUAGAUAAAGCACUUUCUUAUUAUGAAAAAGCAUUAGAAAAUCAAUUAAAAACACUAUCAUCAAGUCAUCCAUCAGUUAUUGAAACUUAUCGUAUUAUUGGACAUGUUUAUUGGAAAAAAAGAGAUUUUAAUCGAGCAUCAAUUUAUUUUAAUAAAGUACUCGAUAGUGAAUUAGAAAGAGGUAAACCUGGUGAUUCAUCAUUAAGUUCUGCAUAUAAAACUCUUGGAGAACUUUAUUUUGAUAAAUAUAAUGUUCAUUUAAAUGAAAAUGAUUUAAAUGAUGCAGUAAAUUUCUAUCUUAAAUGUGUUGAAAAUGAAUUAGAAACAAAAUUAUAUGAAGAUGAAUCAUUAAUUAAUCUAUAUGAAGUUAUUGGUGAUAUUUAUUUUAAACUACAUGAUUUUAAUCAAUCAUUAGUUUAUUAUAAUCGUUUACUUGGUUGUUAUUUACGAAAAAAACCAUUUAAUGAAUUAAUUAUUGAUCAAAUUUAUACUUUAAUUGGAGAAAUUUAUUUAAAAAAAUCUCAAUUUGAUAAAACAAUACUAUAUUAUCAAAAAAUUGAAACAAAUAAACCUAAAGAUAUAUUUCGAUUUACUGAAAAUAUUCAUUUUGAAAAACGUCAUUUAGAUCAAUCUUUAAAUUAUUUUCAAAAUAUACUCAAUAAACAACUUGAAACUCAUUCAAAAACAGAUCCUUUAUUAUCAAAUACUUAUUAUAUAUUAGCAAAUAUUUGUUUUGAAAAACAAAAUUUUGAUAAAUCAUUAGAUUAUUUUAUUCAAUUAUUAAAUAAUGAAUUAGAAAAAAAAGUAGUUGAUGAUCCAUCAUUAGAAAAUACAUAUAAAGCUAUUUCUACAAUUUAUUUUCAACAAAAUAAUUAUGAUAAAUCAUUAAUUUAUCUUAAUAGAUUACUUGAUUGUCAAUUAAAAACACAAACAAUUGAACAUUCAUCAAUAACGGUUACUUAUAUUAUGAUUGGAAAUAUUUAUUUGGAAAAAGAUUAUUUUGAUACAUAUGCAAAUAAUUUUCAAAGAAAAUUAGACAAAAAAAUAUCGACAGAAAAUUUAGAUACUAAUGUCAAAUCACUUGAAAACGAUUCGCAAUUUCAUAAACGGCAUUUAGAUCAAGCUUUACUUUAUUUUCAAAAUUUACUUAAUAAAAAAAAUAUGAAUCGAUCAAUAUGUGAUAUUUAUACGAUUCUGGCUUAUAUUUCAUUGGAUAAACAAGAUUAUUUUCAAGCAUUGAAUUAUUUUGAAAAAUUACUUUACAAGCAAAUUGAAGAUUAUAAAUCGGAUUAUCCACCCGUAGCUCAUACAUAUUUUAUUGUUGGAGAUAUUUAUGAUAAAAUUGGUAUAUUAAAACAACCUAAAAAAAAUUACAAGCAAUAA